UUAAGGUCAAGUGUCUGCGGAUAAAGACGCCGAAGAAAGCAUGACAUCUUUUCUGAAGUCACUAACAAGCUUUUGGGAACGAGCGGUGUUAUUUAUUGACAAAGACAUGGUUGCAAACACAUGUUGAGCGAAUAAUACCUGUUUUUGAAGAGUCAUCAAGAGACAUAAAUCUUGUACAACUAUACAGACUGGUCACCAGUAUCAUUCAAUAUAACAUACGUUAUAUAAUUACAGGGUCGUUGUCACGAUAAACAAACACUAUGGCCCGAAACAGGUCAGGCAAACAUAAACAUCCGAAACGGAAAGAGAGGAAUGCGUGGAAACCAACCCCCGAUGUGGCAAGUAAUGUUACAGAUGAUAAAGAAUUCUCUGAUAUACUUUCAAGUGUUCUUGAUCAUGUUGCCGUCAGUGAAAAUUUAAUUCAAUUUAGACAGAAAGUAAUGUUAUAUAAUGAACGUGCAAUAUCAGUAAAAUUCAAGGCAUUUGGGCGUAAUAGACGAGCUUUUACAUUUGGAAGUCAAAUCGAGGGCACUACAACAAUCGGAAUGAUGUCUGACAUAGACAUCCUUUAUCGUUUGGAUUCGUUUCGUUUGUUUCUUGAUUCAGAACAUCCACCUCUUCAACCGCAUGCUCAACAAGUCGUUCUCAAGGUGAGCACAAACUGUUGCGCGUCGCAGUACUGUAUGUUGACUUUGAUCGAACCAUAAACACAAGCAAAACUUUUUCAAGAACUGGGUCCUUCUCGGGAUCGUUUUGAUAUCGUUAAUUUUUUUCUAAGGGAUUGGACGACAACUAACGGCAUGAUUCCACAUACAGUCAUGUUCGAUACUCUAACCUAUCCUCCACCAAUAGCUCAACACGCAAAAAGACACGGACCUGCAGAAAGUUUUGGGAUUAUGGACCAUGUUAACGCAUGUUACUGUAAAAGUCUUCCUAAGCAAUGCAAGUUAAUUUUUAUAAAGCCUCGCCCUGGUCACUGGCCUUCGGAGAAGACGUUGAAACAAGCAAAGAAAUUAGGCGUCUUUAUUUUACCGCAGGGACCCCCCAAAAGUACGAACAUAUGUACGUACGAUUAUUUUGAUUACCAUUGGCGAAUGUCCACAAAUCUAACAGAGCGGCUAUUAAUGUUCAGUUUAGACAAAGUACAUCUGAAAUCAUAUGUUCUUACAAAGAUAAUAAGAAAGGAGUUGUUUGUGCCAGAAUAUGGAGACAGGCUCAGUACAUUCCAUUUCAAAACAGCCUUCUUCUUUGCGGUCGAGAACACCCCGCCUGAUGUGUGGAUUGAUAAUAAUCUGAUCAAUUGUGUCAAGAACAUUCUGACAACUUUGAGGCGCUUCCUAACUCGCCGAAAUUGUCCACACUUUACUAUAGAGAAUGUUAACCUGUUUGAUGGGAAAUUUGAAAGAUACGAGUUUCCGAAAUUGGUUGAUAGACUUACAUUUGUUAUUAAUUCACUGCGGACAAAGAUCGAAAAUAUACAACUGGACGGCAUUGGACAGACGCUUUAUGAGCGCAGUGCAAUAAAACAUGAUCGCGGCAGAUAUUGUUCUAAUACUUCAGCGCUAUUUGUUUUUGUAUUCAAUAUGUGUGAUGAUUAUGGUGGGGUGUUUUCAUUUCCAGAAGUUCCCGUCUAUUUCUGGAAAGUUUGUUUUGAAAACAUAUAUACAGGCUUACAAACGUAUUAUCGCACCCAGUUAGGAAAAUACAGAAAGUAUGAAUUGCAAACCGUCAUGUCUCCUCUGGCGAGUAGGGGUGCUUCGGCGUAUUUGAAACAGAAGGCAGAAUGUCGUGAAAAUAAUGACGAUGGUAUCGAUAAAGCAAGACACAUGUUUAUACAAACUCUAGAUUCUGAUAAUAUUAGCAACUACAUGAGAUAUUCUUCCUUCCUUUUCUGCAAUGAGGAAUAUGACGAAGCAUGUAAAUAUUUUGAGUUGAUAGAGGAUCUGAUACAAGGAGAUAAACAAUCUAAUCUCGUGUACCAGUUAUGUGUUUCUCCAUCGGAGUCAUUAGCUUUGCAGAUAGCAAAGCAGUCAUAUGAAAAGACUUCCAAACAAAAGAGGUCAGUCUUUUUGAUCUUUAGUAAAGAAGAAGCCAUGUGUGUUCCUGUAUUCCUGCGGUACGAAAUGUUCCUAGACAGUUUCGGCACCUGCCAAUCAUGUGAGGUUGGGUUAAACAUGUAUUUUGACAAUAUUUGUGUGCAGAUCGAGCCCUAUCUCUACUAUUUACAGUACCUUACAUACAGACAACUUCACCAAGAACCUAAACAGUGCGAAGCUUUAAUGAAAUUAUCGAUUUUCACUGAAAUCGUUACAUCCACAAGAUUUAUCUCAUCUAUUCACAAUUGCCUUUUAGCACGCGGCUACUUAAAUACAUCUUUGAACAUGCUAGGACACUGCUUUGAACUGGAGAACAAGUUGGAAACUGCGUGGAAGACUUACUCAACUUCUUUACGAUUGAAACCUGAAAGAAAUGCGUCCGCCCUGCAUACAACUCGACUUCUGUGGCGAGUCGUUCAAAGUCUGCGGACUUAGGGACAUUUGAAGUACAAUCUCGAAUAGACAAAGUGAAAAUGUUCUCUAUUGUUAGUGUUAUGUGACAGAAACAAGAGUUAACACUGACGUUGAUUAAUACCCUAAAAUAUCGCUAUGACAGGGAUUUUCAGGUUUGACAUUUAGUUAUGUUAUUAUUUAUACUUGCAUUGUCAACGAAUGAU